UAUGUUUUGGCAUAAAAACAACAACAAGUUUCUUUUGAAACGAAAGUGAAAUACUUGUCUUUAAACGGUCAUCUCGAGAUAUGUCACACCCCUCUUUCGUUUAGUUCCUUGUUGGAAGUGUUUGGUUGUCAUUCCAGCUGAUCCCUCUUUUGAAACUGGUCAUCUCAUAUUGGAGACUACAAGUGCAACAUGUCCGAAAUCGUUGAAAUCGAUGAAGGAUUGUACUCCAGACAGCUGUAUGUUCUGGGUCACGACGCGAUGCAGCGGAUGGGCUCAGCCAGUGUACUCAUAGCAGGCAUGCGUGGUCUUGGGGUAGAAAUAGCCAAAAAUGUGAUCCUGUCCGGAGUGAAAUCUGUCACCGUACAGGAUGAAGGCAAGGCAGCGUGGAGCGACCUUUCAUCCCAGUUUUUCCUAAAGGAGUCCGAUCUUGGUCAAAACCGAGCCACAUGUUCCCUGCAACAGCUGUCUGCCCUGAACCCACAUGUGCGUGUGUAUGCCCACACCGGACCCCUGGAUGAGAAACUGCUACUGCAAUUUCAGGUGGUGGUCGUCACUGACUCUUCACUGGACGACCAGAAGCGUUUUGGGGAUCUCUGCCAUUCACAAGGAAUCAAGUUCAUUGUAGCAGACACCAAAGGACUUUGUGGUCAGUUGUUCUGUGACUUUGGGGAGCAGUUUGAGGUCUUGGACCAGGAUGAAGAUAGGCCCGCAUCGGCAAUGAUACAAAGUGUCUCAAAGAGCAAUCCUGGACUGGUGCUCUGCACAGAUGAUCAGAAGCAUCGAUUUUCAGAUGGUUCUAUAGUUUUCUUCUCAGAAGUGCAAGGGAUGACGGAGCUCAACAGCAUCCGUCCUGUUGAGAUCAAAGUCUGUGGGCCAUACUCCUUCAGCAUAUGUGACACUUCAAACUUUUCUAAGUAUGAACGUGGUGGAGUAGUGACGGAGGUUAAACAGCCCUGCAUGCUAACAUUUAAACCGCUGAGUGCGGCUCUAUUGGACCAUCAGCUGCUGAAACUGAAUGAUUAUGGAAAAAUAUCGAGGCAUAACACCCUGCAUUUGGCUUUCCAAGCCCUCCAUGGCUUUGUGAAGAAAGAAAAGAGACGCCCUAAUCCUUGGGAUCAGUCAGAUGCAGAUGCCCUGCUUGCCAUAGUGAGAGAGCUGAAUACAGUUGCCCAGCUGGAUCAGCUGGAUGAAGCUGCUGUGAGAAUCCUGUCCUUCACAGCACAGGGUGACUUGGCUCCUGUGAAUGCUUUCAUUGGAGGCCUUGCAUCUCAGGAAGUUAUUAAGGCGUGUAGUGGGAAAUUUACGCCUCUUCAGCAGUGGCUAUAUUUUGACGCACUUGAGUGCCUCCCUGAAGAGAAGGACCAUCUGGCAGAGUGCUCCUUUUCAGCAAAAGGCUCGAGGUACGAUGGACAGAUUGUCGUGUUUGGCCCAGCGUUCCAGGAGAAGAUUGAAAGGCAGAAGUAUUUCCUGGUUGGAGCUGGUGCUAUCGGAUGUGAGCUUCUUAAAAACUUUGCCCUCAUUGGGCUCAGUGCAGGAGAAGAAGGGAACAUCACCGUAACAGACAUGGACUUCAUAGAAAGAUCCAACUUGAAUCGACAGUUCUUGUUCAGGUCUAAUGAUAUUGGGAAACCAAAAUCGGACGUUGCGGCCAAAGCUGCGCGAGAAAUGAACCCGGCGAUGAAAAUCACUGCUCACCAGAAUUGCCUGGACCCUGACAGUGAAGAAGUGUAUGAUAACAAGUUCUUCAUGGGUCUCGAUGGAGUGGCUGCAGCCCUUGAUAAUGUAAAAGCCAGAGUCUAUCUCGAUGGACGCUGUGUGCAACACCACAAACCGUUGCUGGAAGGAGGAACUUUAGGAUGUAAGGGUCACACUCUGGUGGUGGUGCCUCAACUGACAGAGUCUUAUGGCCCGGACAAAUCGAAUUCUGAUGAUGCCAUCCCGCUCUGCACACUCAAGAACUUCCCUCACCGCAUUGAGCACACCCUGCAGUGGGCCAGAGACCAGUUUGAAGGACUGUUCAAACAAGCACCUGAAAAAGUGAAUCUUUUCCUGAGAGAUCUAGAGUUUCUGCCUCGGACUCUUGGUCUGGGAGACGCUGAGGCCCUGGAGGCUCUUGAGGGGUUGUUGAGCAGCCUGGUGAACAUAGAAGCUGGAGGACAGCGUCCAACAAGCUGGGACGACUGUGUGGGCUGGGCACGGUGCAAAUGGGAGACUCUGUUUAACAAUGAUAUCCGCCAGCUUCUGCACUGUUUCCCUCCUGAAGAGAAGACUGCUGCUGGUCAACCCUUCUGGUUUGGAUCCAAGCGAUGCCCACACCCACUGACCUUUGACCCCAACAAUAGAACCCAUAUGGAUUAUGUUGUGGCAGCAGCUAAUCUCUACGGGCAGAUCUACGGGAUCAACGGCACAAGAGACUUCGCUUCCAUCAGAAUAACCUUAGAGAAAGUAUCCGUACCGUCUUUCACUCCCAAGUCCUCCGUGAAGAUUCACCUCACUGAAAAGGAGAUGGAGGAGGACAAAAAAAAGGACAGUGAUGAUGUCGAAAAAGCCAGACUUGAAGAGCUGAAAGGAAAGUUAGCCUCCCCGUCUCUGAAAAGCUCAGCCAUGCAGAUGUACCCCACUGACUUUGAGAAGGAUGACGACAAUAACUUCCACAUGGACUACAUUGUUGCUGCAUCCAAUCUGAGAGCGGAGAACUAUGUAAUCCCUGCAGCCUCUCGGCACCAGAGUAAGCUCAUCGCUGGAAGGAUAAUCCCAGCCAUAGCUACCACCACUGCCGCAGUGGCAGGCCUGAUGUGCCUGGAGCUGUACAAACUGGUGCAGGGUCACCAGAACAUCAGCUCUUACCGGACAGCAUAUAUGUACCUGGCUUGCUCACACAUUUUGUUUUCCCAGCCGACCCCGAACCGCUACUUUGAGGUCGCAGGAAAGAAAUACACCCUGUGGGAUGACUUCCUUGUUGAGGGCAGACGUGGCGGUCAGCAGGAAAUGACCUUGGGAGAUCUGUUCCGGUUUAUCAAGGAUAAUUAUAACUUGAGCAUCAGAUAUCUCUUAUACGGAAAUGCUAUGUUAUACAUGGGGCAAGAAGAGAGGCUCAAGCAAAGUGUGUCUGACGUGGUGAAGAUGGUCACCAAGACAGAUAUCCCUCCAAACAAGAAGAUGCUGGAGUUCAUUGCCGUAUUUGCUGAGGACGAGGACUGUGACACUGUGCCACCCAUCAGAUACAUGCUCUUUUGAUGCCAUCAACACAGUUUACACAAAGUUUACACUGAAAAUGCUUUACAUGGAAAUGCUGCAAUGUGACAAAGCACACUUCACAAUCCUGUGACAUCAUAUCAGUUAAAAGAUCCUCGUGUUGUUGCUCUAGCUGUGGUUUACAAAGAUUACUAUCUGAAUGAUGUUUUCCAGCAUCUGUUUAUCUAUUCCUUUAAUGUCUUCUUACUGCGAUUAUGUUUUUGUCAGUUUUUAAUCAAACUUUGAUCAUAUUAAGUGAAAAGUAACACAAGCAUCAUAUGUAAUUGGUUGUCCGGUCCCCUAGCCCUGUUCCAAACGAUACUGUAAAAUGUAAACAUGUUUAUAUUCUUUUUAUGAAACAUAACAAACUGCCAUUUCUGUACAAUCGUAACUAAACAUUUUAACAGACAUAUCUGUUUUUUAGCAUCAGGUUUUCAUAUAAAAUGUGUCUUUCGAGGGGUGAGGUUGUGAAGAUGUUUGCCAAGGCGUGUAAAUUAGACGAACUGGCGCUGCUUGGCCAUGUUGGCCUGGUUUCAAGGUUUAACUCAGGUCAAACAAUGAUGAAGGCCUGCAGUCAGACCAGGCACUUGACGCUGUAGGUACAGUAGGUAUUUCGCGAAUCAGGGUGAUUUUGCCAUCUGGAUACAAAUGUUUAAAACCUGCUCCACGCACACAUGCCUUUCAGAAAGAAUCCCAGAGCUGGAGAAGCUAGACUGAAAGCUGAAUGCCCUCAUCGGUCCUGAAAUGGCUUGUUUGCAUCGCUUGUACUUUUCAACAACCAGACGAUGUGUCUGACCUCACACCCUUAUAUUAACAGUGUUUUUUUACAAUGCUCUACUCUCUCUGUAUUUAGAUCAUGUAAUAGUCCUCUCUGAAAAGAACACUGCCAUUUCGUGAAAGGGUUAUUUAUUCGGUGUAAUUGGGGCUGUGAUUUAAGGAUGCGGUUUGUCAUUAAAAUAAUAAUUCAAUAAAUAUGUCUAUGAGGAA